AGUAGAGCAGUGGGCGGGGUCUCGUCGAGCCCGGAAGGCAGUAGGAGGCUGGGCGCCUGGCAUGAGGGUGCGGGAGCCCGGUGGGCGCGGCCGCGACAGCUGCUGACUACGUCGUGGGAUCGGGAGCCGGUGGCGGCGCGCGGAGCAGGCUGUUGCUAACCAUGGCGUCUGGAGAUGACAGUCCUAUCUUUGAAGAUGAUGAAAGCCCUCUCUGUAGCCUGGAAAAAAUGACAGAUCUCGUAGCUGUUUGGGACGUAGCAUUAAGUGACGGAGUGCACAAGAUUGAAUUUGAGCAUGGGACCACGUCAGGCAAACGAGUUGUGUACGUGGAUGGGAAGGAAGAGAUAAGAAGAGAGUGGAUGUUCAAAUUGGUGGGCAAAGAAACGUUCUUUGUCGGAGCUGCAAAGACCAAAGCCACCAUAAAUAUAGACGCCAUAAGUGGCUUCGCCUAUGAGUACACACUGGAGAUCGACGGGAAGAGCCUCAAGAAGUACAUGGAGAACCGAUCUAAGACCACCAACACCUGGGUAUUGCACUUGGACGGCGAGGAACUGAGAGUUGUUCUGGAAAAAGACACUAUGGAUGUAUGGUGCAAUGGUCAGAGGAUGGAGACAGCGACAAUAAAGAGGCCCAGACUAGCAAAUUGGAUUAGAAAGCAAGAAUCAUCCUUUUUUGCUGCCUCCAAGAAACAUACCUUACUAUCACCUUAGGCAAAGGUAUGGAAAACGAUUCCCCGAGCAAAUGGAACUAAGAAACACAGAGAUUCUCCUGGAGUCUGCAAUAGGAACCCUGUGGACCUUGACUUUAGACUAUGUCUCCACAACUGAGAAGAAUUUUCUGUAGCUUGUGCCUCCAAACUGUAGGGAAACAGUUGUUUAUCCUACAGUGUUUAUCCUGAGUGACCUACAGCAAGAUCUGACUCAUUAACUCCAUGUCGGGUGGUCUAAGCCAGGGCUGUCUUGGAGGCCAGAAAGGGGCAUUGAAUCCCCCAGAGCUGGCACUACAGGCUGUUGUGAAUUAUCCAAACUAGGGGUAUGAACUGAACCCCAGCCUUGUGAAUGACUGAACUCUGGGUUCAGUUGAGAUAUCCUGACUCAAUAAUAUAGAGAGAUAGAAGAAUCUCAACUUCAGGUCCCCAUGACACAUGUAUAUACCUACAUGCACAUGCACUACCCUCAACACAAAUACAUACUUGUAGCCGGUCUUUGCUACUUUGUGGAUUCUUUUCCCCACCCUUUAUCCCCCUUGGUUUCACCCCUAUCACUAGAUAGGAGAGGAAGAAGGAAAGGGGAGAGAGAGGAUAGAUGGAGAUCUUUGAAUCUCUUCUUGUUUCUUCUUUGAGCAUGACUACUAACAAGCAACAAACCACUUCCCUGAAUGACCAAAGGCCACCGAUUGACCUAUCAGGUCAUGGGCAUUUAUAUGCCCUCUGAAAAAAUUCCCAGAAUUCUAAACAUCACACAAGUGCAGAAAUUAUCUGCACCUGGCAAAAACAUGGCUCUGUUAGAGCAUGAGGCGAAUCAUAGUCAGCAGUCCCAUAUCCCCACACCUGAUACUAAAAUGAAAAUAUUUUUAUAUUAUUUCUGUGGUUUUUAAACAAAGCAGAAUUCCAGAAUUUCCACUACAUACACUCACACUAAUAAAGUAAAAUAUACACACUACCAUGAAACCUUCAGCACCCUGAGGAAGGAGCUGCAGGUGCUGAAUUUGCAGGAAUCCAACUCUGGAGAACCACUGCUGUAAUAAAGUCAGAACAGGACAAAGAGUGAACAAACCAUAGUAGUUUGCUCUGGCUGUGCUGUGCACCUCACAUCCAGAGAGCACGGAAAUGGAGCUGAAGUCAUACUAUUUGAAGGACUUAGUUUUGUUUUUCUAAAACUCAAAAUUCAAAUCGUACUUGCUUUUAUUAACUAAUAUCCAGAAAAAUUACAUCUUCAUCUCCAAGAUAAUUGUCCCAGGUUCUUUAACCCCUUGAAUACAGGGGGAACUGAAGAAAGAAAAAACAGAAACAAAAUUAUGAAAUACUAGUUUAUUCUCAUUAAGGAUUUCUUUUUAGGUUGGUGGAGUGCAGGAGCACAAGGCAUAUUUCAUUGAAGAUACAGGAUCAAAUCAUCAGCAAAACGUAAUUAAAAGUUCAAGUGAUAUAAUCUCUGAGGCAGAUGAUCAACCUGAAAAAGAAAGGCAUUUGCUUAGGAAAAGCAACUGUGUAUGAUAGUGUAAAAUUUACAUAUUCUAAUGAAAGGUAGAAAUAUAUUUUAAGAUGUCAAUAAUGCAAACCAUUCACAUAAAAACAUGUAAUCCAAAGACUUGGGUACAAAGGCAGAGGCAGCCCAAGUUCAAAGUCAGUGAGGGUGACAUAAGGAAACCCUUAAAAAUGUAUCAAUAGGGGCUGGAGAGAUGGCUCAGAGGUUAAGAGCACUGUCUGCUCUUCCAGAGGUCCUGAGUUCAAUUCCCAGCAACCACAUGGUGGCUCACAACCAUCUAUAAUCAGGUCUGGUGCCCUCUUCUGGCCUGCAGGUGUACAUGCAGGCAGAAAGCUGUAUGAUGUAUACAUAAUAAAUAAAUAAAUAAAUAAAUGUUUAAAAAAU